CUUAAUGUCUGGUGAAAGGCGUGAAAGCCAAAAUAUUGUUUUUAUUUUCUGUCGCGUAAUAACUGAACUUGCAGAGACGAUUUCACUACGCUCGUAAGGCGUAAAUAGUUUUAACGACGAGACAUGGACAGUGAGGUUAUAGGAAUCAGCUAACGUUUGCUAACUUAAGUAUCCUUCAGCUAGUAAGGUGUCAGAAGUUGGCUAGCUCCAUGCUAGCUACAACGUAACGGACGGGACGAAUAGACAGCUAUCUAUCAUUAGCUUUGGAUAGCUUGCGGUGGGUCCAAAUAAAAACUUCCUCAUUCGUCUGGCCGUGGUAAGCGUUUGGAGGUUGUUCUUUUUGUACGCGGAGACAACUUCAAUCAGCAUAUAAGUAAACAUGGAUCCCUUUGACAGUAACAAUGCAGAGCGAGCCAACUUGCCAAGGAACAUGAUUGAGAACAGUAUGUUUGAGGAGGAGCCUGAUGUUGUGGAUCUGGCCAAAGAUUCCACAGCAUUUCCGACAUUUCCAGCUCUUGACCCGGAUGAGGUGGCGUAUGAGCCUCGUAGCUCACGGUUGCUGGUUCGAGGUCUGGGAGAGAAUGAGCUGGAUGACGAGGAGGAGGACUGUGAGUCUUCAGCUCGUCUCCUGGGUAUGUCCUUCAUGAAUCGUAGCUCUGCCCACAGAGCCAACUCCUCGCCCUACACCAGACAGCCCCCACCCAGGUCAUGCUCACGACCCUCAGUACGUACCAUGGUAGUAUGUGUGUUAUUCCUGGUGAUAGUGGCCUCUAUGACCAUGGUACUGUACUUCCUACCUGGAUGCACCUUCACUAAGACAGGUUGUCGCAAACCCAACACCACCACUCCCAUUGAGCCAGUCUAUCCUAUAUCCACCAACGGUGAACUGUUCCCUUGGACAAAGCUGCGACUCCCUGUCAGCAUACAACCUCUAAACUACGAUCUCAACCUGAACCCUGACCUCAAGACCAUGACCUUCACCGGCCACACUGUUAUCACCAUGCUUGUGCUGCACAACACCAAACGCAUUGUCCUGCACAGUGCAGAUCUCAACAUUACCAAAUCCACUUUGAAGCUUGAUGAUAAUACAUCCAUAGAUGUGACUGUGCUGGAGUACAAACCAAGACAGCAGAUAGCUGUCAAGUUUACUGAGGAGCUGAAGGCAGGCCAGCACUGUGUUUUAACCCUGGAUUAUUCUGCCAACCUGUCACACAACUAUGACGGCUUUUACAACAGCUCAUACACUGAUAAAAGUGGAACCAAGAGUGUCCUAGCUGCCACACAAUUUGAGCCUCUGGCUGCCCGGAAGGCCUUUCCUUGUUUUGAUGAGCCAGCUUUCAAAGCCUCCUUUCUGGUUAAGAUCACCCGAGAGCAUGGCUACAUAGCGCUUUCCAACAUGCCGAAGGCAAAGACCACAACACUUCUCAAUGGCCUCCAGCUGGAUGAAUUUGAAAAGAGUAGCGUCAACAUGAGCACAUACCUGGUGGCAUUUGUCAUCGCCAACUUCACCUUUGUUAGCAGAAAUGUCUCCAACACAGUGGUGUCUGUGUACUCUGUGCCAGAGAAAAAGGAACACACUCUUUAUGCUCUGGAUACAGCCUCUAAACUGCUGAAGUUCUACAAUACUUUCUUUGAUAUCAACUACCCCCUCAGCAAACUAGACUUGGUAGCCAUCCCAGACUUUCUGGCGGGAGCCAUGGAGAACUGGGGUUUAAUCACUUUUCGAGAGACCAGUUUGUUGGUGGACAAAAAGUCCUCUCCCCUGGAGAAGCAAUUAGUUGCCUCUGUCAUAGCACACGAGCUCGCUCAUCAGUGGUUUGGUAACCUGGUCACCAUGCGCUGGUGGAAUGACCUGUGGCUAAAUGAAGGAUUUGCCACCUACAUGCAGUAUAUGUCUCUACAGAGAGAGUUUCCCCAGCUGGAUAUUGGAAACCUGUUCCUGGGGGUGCGGUUCAGAGCCAUGGCCAAAGAUGCAUUGAACUCCUCCCAUGCAGUGUCUGCACAGGUCGACACACCUGAACAAGUAGCAGAGAUGUUUGACUCUGUCUCCUAUGAAAAGGGUGCAUCCAUUCUUCUGAUGCUUAAUGCAUCUCUGCCAGGGGAGCAGUUUAGAAAAGGCAUAAUUGAAUACCUGAACAAGUUCAAUGGAUCAAACACUGUCACUGAUGACCUCUGGAACAGCCUCACACAGGCUGAGGUUUCUCCCCAGCACCAGAGUGUCGCAGAGAUGAUGAGCACGUGGACGCUUCAGAAAGGCUUCCCAUUGGUCACUGUCAGUCGCAAAGGAGAUGAGGUGACCCUGACACAGGAGCAUUUCCUACUCACUGCUGACAAUACCACACAAUCCUCCAGUAGCUUGUGGCACAUUCCUGUGACAUAUGUGAAUGACAGCUGCAGCUUGGCCCCUGAAUGCAGACAGAUGUUUACGUUGAAGUCCAAGUCAGGAACUCUUAAGCUGGCAGGAAGUGUGAAGUGGUUAAAGUUGAACUAUAAGAACACGGGGUUCUACAUCGUCCAUUAUGGAGACGAGGGCUGGGCAGAUCUCAUAGAUGGUUUGAAAGGAGACGUCAAUGUUCUUACAUCUGAGGACCGGGCCUCACUGAUACAAAACAUCUUUGCUUUGUCAAGACUGGGUCGAGUGUCAUUCCGUCAUGUUCUUAACCUGAUGAAAUAUGUAAGCAAUGAAACAGAGACUGCUCCUCUGACUGAGGCCCUAUUACAACUUGGCACCAUCUAUCGAAUGCUGGACAAUAGACAGGAGCAGAUUCUGGCUGCCCGCAUGAAGGUAUAUAUCCUGAAACAUUUUGGUGAUCUGAUGGACAGCCAGAAAUGGGAAGAGGAAGGGAAUGUGUCUAAACAGGAGCUGCGCUCAGCCCUUCUUCAAAUGGCUUGUAAUCUGGGUAAAAGUGAAUGUAUUCACCAAGCCAAAGCUCUCUUCAAGCAGUACAUUGACUCCAAUAGGACCAAGCUGAUCCCAGGUGAUUUACAGCGAGUGGUGUUCACUGUGGCUGCUCGGUCCGAAGACGAUUGGUUGACUUUGUUGGAGCGCUACACAUACAUCACCUAUGAUGCAGAGAAACGAACGAUACUACAGGCCCUAGCAUCCACUCAGAACAUACGGAGAAUUGUGUGGAUUCUGAGGGCCGGGCUAGAGGGGUAUCACAUUCAGACACAGGAAUUGCCAUUGGUCAUCAGCGCUGUGAGUGACGGCUUUGCUGGCCACUUGUUUGCCUGGGAUUUUGUACAAGAGAAUUGGGAUCACCUCAUAAAGAAGUUUCCUGUGGGCUCGUUUGCCAUUCAGAGCAUCAUCAAGUCCACCACCUCCCAGUUUUCCACCCAGGCACGCCUGGAACAAGUGCAUGGCUUCUUCUCUAGUCUGAAGGAGCGGGGUUCUCAGAUGCGGAGUGUCCAGGAAGCUGUUGAGACCAUCAGGCUAAACCUGCAAUGGAUGAACAGGAACCUUGCGACACUCCAAGAAUGUCUCUAAUACAAGCACUCAACCAGUCUCUGUCCUGGCAACUGGGGCACAUCAUGAAGACAACAGCAGUGUUUGCACUAUUGUAGGACUAUGUCUCCCAACUCCUCCUAUCUGAUAUGGAGUACUGUAUAAAGCCAAAGGUUGUACUCUCCCUGAUUGGAAAAGGUCCUGUGAGAGGUAGUUGCUAGCUCAGGGUGUCUCUGAUUGUGUAUUUGGCAGGGUGUUGUCAGACACCAAUUCACACUCCUCGUUCUACGCUAGGGCUGGGCGAUAUGGACAAAGUUAUAAUUAUAUAUCACGAUAUUUUUGACCGAAUACCUUGACAUCGAUAUUUUGACGAUAUUGUAGAGAUGACCAUUGGUGCUCUCACAAAAUAUUUACACAAUGGCAUUUUUGAUAAACACUCAUUAAUAAUGUGGAUUUGAUGUCCAAACAGGUAGAGACAAAUAAUGUAAUAUCUAGAACAGUCUAAUGACUUCAGAAGGAUGCAUCUCUUUACUGUAAUGCAGCCUUUAAAACCAGGAAAAGGCAGCACUUAUGUCAUAUUACAAUAUCUAAAAUCCCAGAUGAUAUCGAGUCUUGCAUCAUGGUAUCGAUAUAAUGCCCAGCCCUAUUCUAUGCUUUUGACCAAACUCCUCCUGCAUAGCUUUCACCCCAAACUUGCACCUGUACAGACAAUCCUGAUUUAUGAGCGCAGCCCUUUUCCCUUCGCUCCCCUCGCUCUUGCUGUCAACAGGUACUUUCCGAGAUGCUUGCAGUAGGUGAAAAGUGUAAAGAAUGUCCGCAGCAAACUACUUUGUAUGUACCUGUGGGGUUGUCAGUCUCUUAUUUUCACUGAGCCACCAGAUACAGCAGCAGCCAGGGGUUGCUCUUCAGACAGUAGUGAGAUGUGUGCCUAGAAUGACACAACAAAAGAGAUGAAAUUACUUUUAGAAUUUAAAAAAAAAGUCUGUUGUUGCUGUAUCAUACAGAAUCUGUAUAGAAAUACAAACUGCUUGCCACAUGUCACUCACUAAAUAACAGUCAUGCAACCUGAAGCGUUUACCAUGUGAGUAAUUGUUUGGCUGAUAAUUGUUUUACAAAUUAAAUACCUGACUUUUAUUGGUAUUAAUUGAAUGUAUGAACAAACUUAAACCACUGUGUAGAUAAUGUGCAGUGGAAGUUUAACUGAACAACCAAUGUGUCUUAAGGGAGAACAGGAAAUGCACGUAGAAGCCAAAUGUUACAUUUUUCUCAUUCAGGCGUAUUUAUAAUCCCGGUUUUGCUCACAUUGAACAAGUGUUUUUGUCGCUUUCAUUCUUUGCGUGCAGUGCAAUCAUACAGAAUUGUUCUCAAACUCGCAGUGUACUUGUAAACCUGUAAUUAUGAUGUAAAUAUGCAUUCUUGUCUCUUGUUUGGAUGUAUUAUUUUGAAGUAACUAUAUAGACUUUUGACAUUUUUCAAUUUGCUUUCCAUUGCAUAUAUUUUGUGUGUGUGUGUGUGUGUGGGGGGGGGGGAUGAACUGUACACAUAGACUUAAUCAGGAGUCUUGGUUGAAUAAUUUUUAUUCUUGUUGAUUUAGACCUCAGUUGGGGGGUCGGUUGCUGAUGAAUGUUUCGUGUUUUAAGGGCUAAUGUGCAUAUUUCAGAUAUGAAGCUUAUCGAAGAACAUCCACAUCAGACUUGAUUGUCCUUUAAUCUGUUAUCUGUGUUGUCAGAAAUGUUUAUCCCCAGCAUUACCAACAUUAGAUCAUGUUCCAGUUUUAACAAAGGAAGGCGAUUUUGAGUUGUCUUUGUAAUUUAAAGGUUUUUACAGUCCACUGCCCCAGAAUGUUGUUUGAUAAUGAUGUUGAGGAUGAUGCGUUAUUUCGAACAUGUAAAUAAGCAGGAUAUGACAUACAGAUAAGCCAUUGCUUAUUUCAUUGUAAUUAUAGCACAUUUCAUGCUAUACCUAGGGUAAAAUGUUUUUUACCUCAUCUAUUCAGUAUAUAGGUAACAUGAAACCUGGGAUGUCAGGUUUCAGUAGAUCUGGUAUUCUGUCAAAGGCCUGUCCCAUCUGCUAUGCCAGAUUGAAUGCUAUGUUAUUAGUUAACUUUUUGUCAUUGGACUUUUGGUGUGGAAGCUUUAUGUAUUCUCCCUUAGCAUGAAUUUUCAUUCAAUUUUAUAAAAAGAACAGUCAAAAUGUGACACCCAACCUCGCCCCUGUAAAACUCAUUCAACCACAGAGGAGACCUGCCCAGAGGUCUUCAGCAAUAUUUUGCAAUUCUUUGUACAGGAUGGGUGUGGUAAUGUUUGUUAAGUUUCAUACCUGGCAUUUAAUGAUCAGUUUCCUUUUGUUUGCAUUCUUUGUAAACCAUUAAGUCCUUUUCGAGUCUAAUUUAAACUUUGAAUUCCCUAGGCACGUCUACUGAAUUAAAGCUGUUGGACAAGAAGCCCCCACCCACCCAACCAUGUGAUUGAUAAAAAUUGGUAAUGAUUUUUGGAGGCGUUGUAGUGUUCAGCUUUAAGAAAGGUCUUCAAGUUGGUGUGUUGGUAUGGUCACUGAUUUGAUGAGAAUGUACUUGCAGUACCAAUUUCGCUGUUAACCCAGUCAGAGAUUUUGAUGGUCUGCCGGGUAGGUCUGUUGCCGAAAUGAUUGAAAUCAUGUGACUCCUCAUGUUAAAAAAAAUGUAAAUAAAUGUGUUU